AUGUUACAUCCUUAUCAACAAAUCCCUAAUCGUCCUACUACCUUUGAUGAAAAAUAUCAAGGUGAUUUGGAUAACAUCUUAUCGGCUAUCGAUCGACUCUAUACUAAUUCACCUCAGCUAUCUAAUCAAAGAGCUCAACUUAAACUUCCAAGUAAAGAUUUGCUCUCACUUGAUUUGGUGAUCUCUUCAAUCGAACGUACAGCCGCUCGUAGAUUAGACACUCAAAGAGCUUCACUUCCUACCUUGGUAUCACAAGGUGUGGCUGCCAUGGGAUGGUGUGUCGAAUCACGUUCUUCAACCUUGGAAGAAGAAGGUCCAGCCGAACUCGAAUUACUCGAUAGGUUGGAAAGAGCGGGCAGUCGUCGAUAUACCAAUCAAUGUUCUCCAAUCCCACCUAUCGAGCAACAACCUUCGUUGAUGACACUCUACACUCAAUCUAUGCGUGAAAAUGACGCUAUGGAAGCUAUUCUCAGCAAAACAGGUGAAGGCAGAAUGUCUAAUCAAGAUGCGCUCUUGAGAAAGAAUCGAUUAUCGAUUCCAAUCAGUCUAGCCACCUCUACUUUAACACGUUCUGGUGUAGAGCUUGACACGGCUACUAUACAUGAUGAUGAUAUGACGAGUGAUAAGAUUGGAUUAUUACAAGGAGGUCAAUUCCCUGCUCCAACUCCAACUCAUCGAUCUCAAUCCAUGCCUAACAUCUUUAAAAAGAACAAGACCCAUACAACACCUCCUCAGAAACGUAGUUUGUUUGGAAAGAAGUCAUCUAACCCACCUAACUCUACCUCUUCUAAUCCUCGAGAUUCAGCAGAAGACCCGUUUCGGAUGCCCUCUCUGAUCGAUUAUCCAUUAGCGAAUUUCUUGAACGAUAUCUCCAAUCAGGAUCUUGAUACUUCUAACGAUCAUGUCACAAGCCCCGAUGUACAGCAGGAGGAUCUCAUGAUCGAGAAACCGGAUCAAAUUCGUUGGGCAACCGAAGUAGCUCUAAGAAUCGGGACCACGAACGUUUGGCUAUGGCGACAUGAUGGGAGGAUGAUUUUGAAUGAGAGUAUUGAAUAUCGACUUGAUGGAUCUGAUUUUAUUGAAUUUACCGUUAAAGAAGUGCAUUUUCCAGAUGAAGUGUUUAGAGUUUUGUUACCUGUUAAGAUUAAAGCCGAAAAAGAACGAAAGGAAGGAUUGAUUGUGUUUUGGAAUGAAGUAGAAGAUUUGAAUAAAGAGAGUGAGAUGGAGAGAGUUAAAGAAGAAUUUUAUGGAGUUCAAGAUUGGAAUCGAAACAAACCAGAUCGGAUUGAUUGUAGAAGGUGUGGAAAUGGAUUGAAAGAGGAUUUAAAGAAGAUUGAAAAAUAUUUAGGUUUACCUUCUGAGGGGUGGGAAGAUUUUGUGGAGUAUUGGAUUUGUCAUGAGACGGAUGAUCAUGGAGGGUAUUUUGAUGGAAAGAAGAAGAAAGGAGAUUGGAAACGAGAUGUGAGGGAGAAUGAAGGAUUUGUAGGCGAUAAGUUUGUAGAGUUGAAGGAAGAUUUAAGAGAAGCCCAAGGAGGAGGAAGAGGAGGCUUGGGAUGGAAAGUGAAGGAACAGUUUGUAUCGGAUUCAAGCAAUCGACGCAAUCAUUCUCGAUUCCUAUAA